AUGUCCAACGGCUUUGUAAAUGCGACGAAUUUAAGUUCCCAAAAGGCUUUAAAUCAUAGCUACUCAGCAGAUGGAACUGGGACAGAAAUUCAACCAAGUCGGAUCGGUCUCGUAAUCGCUUUCUACGUAAUGAUAGUGCUCUCACUGGUGGGUAAUACAGUGGUAAUCAAAGCCAUCAGAAGAAUCGGAAAGAACUUACGACGACCAGUACAUUUCCUAUUUAUCAUAAACCUUUCUGUGGCCGAUCUCCUUUUUGCUUUAGAGAUGACACCUAUGAUCUGUGUUCAUCUGCUCUUGGGAGGAGCGUGGCAUAUUCGCGGUCAAUUCGGAGAGUUUCUCUGCCGAUUUGACGUGUUUUUGUCCGCAGUUUUAAUUCUUACGUCGAAUCUGACAAUUUCAGCCAUCGCUGUGGAGAUGUUUCUGGGGAUAUUUUUCCCUUUGAAGGCGUUACUGUCGAAGAAAAGGGCGUAUUUUAUUAUUGCCGCCACGUGGUUUGUAAGCGGGUGUUAUAGCAGUCCGCUGUUUUCUUUUGCGCAUCUCAAAGCACACGGCAUCGGUGACGUAAUAUGUUUCGUCGGCAUAAAGAACGAAGAGGUCGUACAAUGGUUUACAUUUCAAACAGUGUUGUUGGCGGCGGGAUUUGUGAUCACUCUAGCGUUGUACUCAGCCAUCGGUAUCAAACUUUGGCUCCUCAAAUCACCUGGAUUUCACUUCCACGAGGUACAGCGAAAGGGACGAGCGAAAAGAACUAAGGCUCUCAAAAUGUUGGCGAUGUUGGUAUUUGUCUUCUACGUUUCAUUCAUACCAUUUUGGAUUUUACAGUUAUCUCUUCACUUCGGCUUUUAUGACAAGCUCACCCCGCACUACAGCAAUAUCUCAGCAUUCCUUAUGCUUUGUAACGGAACUGUAAACCCGGUCAUUUACAGCGCGUACAAUACGGAUAUUCGGGAUGAAUUCAAAUCCUUGAUCACUUGUAAGCCACCGCCGGAACGCCUGCGAAGUCUGAUAGCAUUUUACACCAGGGCGAUAAGGAAGAAAAAAUUUAAAGAUUUAGAAGCGAGAUCACCUAAUCAACAGUUUCCUAUGGAUGGGUUGCCUAGGGGAAUUAGUGGCCAGUCGACGAAAGUGAAGCCAAUUGUUGGUGAAAAAAACUUGGCUUGUAGUUUUGAAGACACACGACUGUAACGUGAAACAGUGGUCACGCGAACAUUAAGACUUGAGUCACGCGAACAUUAAGACUUGAGUCACGCGAUCUUAUGAGUAGCGCUAAUCCAAUUCAAUUUUUCAGCUAAAAGAUUGUCAACACAAAAUAUAACUGAUUCACUCGGAAUUUGGCGUUUCUUGUUUUAUUACUGUCCCUUAAUUUCCCUUGCCGAAACCUCACAGGCUGCUUAUUUUCACUACUGCUUAAGUAAUUUUCCCUGUAGGCUUGUUAGCUCAGUUGGUAAAGCGCUGCAUCGGUAUCGCGGAGAUCAUGGGUUCAAAUCACGUACAGGCCUUAAUUUUUUUCAGGCCUUAUUUUCACUACUUCUUAAGUAGAGUUCAUUAUUAUCCAACUGCACUAAAUAAAGUGUAAAUAACACUCGAAUGGAGUAAAAAUAUUGCGCAAUAUUGCACAAGGUUAUUUUGUAUUGUCGAAAAACCUGUUUGAGAGGUUGGCUACAUUUGCCUUCUCUGGUGCUCAAUUUAACAUUUGUACCAUUGUUUUGAGUUCACAGCCCUCAGCUCGUCAAGUACCGACAGCGAUUCCCGCGAGGCGUCGUCGCCAUGUGUUUGAGUCAGAUCAUGAAAAUGAAAUUCUUUUUUAUAAGCUAAGAGCUCGUCCAUGUCUUUGAGAAUUCGUCUUCCGGUAGAUUCAAGGCUUUGUUACUGCAUAAAAACUAAAGCAGUACUUGCUUAAUAAAUAACUUAUUAGAUGUUUUGGUGUGUAGUAUCGCCAAGUAUUUUCACGAGUUUUGCCGUAUUUUGACUCGCUCUGCGGAUAUAAGAUCGCUUCCAUAUUCACCUUGCUGUCCGCAGUUUACAUGUGUGACUUUUGAUAUGAUUUUCAUAUAUUCACAGUCAACUAUUAUUAUAACAUAUAACAUCUUUCGUGCUCUCCAAACUUCCCCCGUGCUUCAUAUCUCGAUGAACGCACGCUGACGUAUGAACCAAUUGUUAACUAUUGUUAUCAUUGUUAUUAUCAUUGUUCGUAUGAUUAUUUGUGACCAUCUAAUUUUUGGUGGAGUGUCAAUUAUUCACUCUCUUCUGAUCAUUCUUGAGUCAUCUCAGUUUCUCUUGUGGAACAAGGUACUUAUUAAUAUGUGGGAUGUGGCAGGUUUCCUGUUUUGCAUGUGAACAACACUACCCUCUAGCGUCAUUAUACAACCUCUGGAUCUUUCCAACACUAUAAACAUUGUCUUGCAUCAGUAGCCACAUGCAGUCAUAGACUGCCUAAAUUUUGGUUAUGCUUUCGUUUCUUCGUUUGCGUGCUUUUGCGUGUAUAUGUGUUUUUUUCUUUUAGAUAUCUGCUUUUUGCGUUUAGGUUUGUCAUUUAUUCUGUUUGUUUUUCGCUGAGAGAUAAAACGCUAGGAAUCGUGAUCCCGGUGUUUUCCAAAAGCUAAUUAAUGUAGUCGUUUAGAAUAGUGAACGUUGUUUUGGUCGUUAUGAAAAGUUCUCGUCGUGUUUCUGUUUCAGAAUUAAAGAAUAUGCCGGGAUGUGUUCUCACAGUUUUCCCGACAGCCCUCAAAAUCCGUGAAAUCGAUUAGAAAACUCCUUUAAAUUUCGAAGGAACAUUACAAGUCCAGUUAGACUCUAAAAAUCCCAAAUCCACCUUUUUUCGUGCGCGCAAUAAAACAUAUUACGUCGUUAAAAAUUAAAUCAUUUGAAUUCAAUUUCAACCAAUGAGCGCGCGCCUGAAAUUGAACAAUAAAAAAGGAAACAAAGUCCUUUAUUUAUUUAUUACAUAAAUGCAGAAAAGGUCGCAACAGGAUGUGUGGUAAAAAAUGAAGGAAGUUGCACGUUCCUCCAGUUGCUUUAUCAUACGAUUACUGGGUUUUGUGCUGAUGACCAAGUUUGCUUUUAUGCCUUGAAUACAAUUGCGAGGGCAAACACGAAAGUUUUCAUUUCUUCUCAUAAAGAAACGACAGUCAUGUCAUAAUUCGAUAUAACGCCUGUCUACCUAUGGUCUCAUAAUGUUACAGAAAUAGCAUCUACGAAAACAUUAAGCUUUCACAGAUAAAACACCUGCGCCUUAAAAGCUUCGAGAAUCACAACAAAUUUUGACUCAAGGAAGUUUUGCAAAAUUAUUAUAAUGGCAACACCAUCUUUUUUGCUACCCGUCCGAACUCAAACACAAACCUUUAUCGAGGUCUCUUUGGUCGCUCUGCUUUUCAUAUGCGCAGUUUCAGGAAACAUCAUCGUCUGCUGUGCGGUGUACAAAAAGACAAACCUCCGUACCAUUCCCAAUGCGAUUUUCGUAAACCUUGCCGUAUCGAACUUGUUGCUGGCACUGUGGCAGCUUCCGAUGCUGAUCAUCACCAUCAUCAGAGGAGAAUGGAGUUUUGGAGAGAAGCUCUGUAAUUUUUACGCUUUCCUCGACGUUGCUUUGUUUGCCGUUAGCCUUUUCAACCUCACUGCGAUCAGCGUGAAUCGUUAUUUCAAGAUAGUCAAACCUAGCAAGUAUAGAAGUGUGUUUUUCAAGAAGUCUGUCAUCUUUAUGACUGUGUUGAUCUGGUGUUUAGCGAUUUUGUUGAGCAGUGGACCGUUUUUAGGAUGGGGGAAAUAUCAGUUUAUUCCCUCCAAGGCAAUUUGCUCGAUCUCAGAAAAGGCUUACAUCUCCUUUCGUAUCACUAGCUAUGUGGUGAUUUCUUGUUGCAUCCUUGUCAUCAUUGGCUGCUACAUCAAAAUCGCGCAAGUUGUUCGUCGCCAUAGAAGAAGAAUCGCGGUACCAAACAACAGGUCCCAAGAUGAGGACCCAAAGCAGGUGCCACGUCCAGGGCCCUCCAGAGCCACAACAGAACCGCAUGUAACCGAGCUCAGAGGAGAGGAUAUCCACAUCGCCCGUACCAUAUCGAUGAUAGUGUUCCUUUUCUGUUUGAGCUGGGUCCCAAAUGUCACCCUGAGUAUUCUCGUAUCACGCGGCGUUCCCGUGUCUCGCGAAGUACGCAUGUUCGGCGUUUACAUGAUGUUUCUCGAUCUCGUCACUAAUCCAAUGACGUUCGGGAUAAGAAACAGAGAAAUUCGAAAAAUUAUGAAACGCUUAUUUUGCAAGAACUGAAUAAUUUCAUUUCUAAUUUAGCUGGACAUGUUCACUCCACACCUGUUAACAAAUUGAGACUAAGUCAAUUUAUAAAGACAGUUGUAAACACGUUUUAACUUAAGGUUAUUUAGCUGUCAAAUAUUACAAAGAGAAUGUCAUCUCAGCUAUAAACUUAUACAAAUAAAAGUCUCAAAUUAGAGACAUUGUAGUUAUUUUUCAGCGUUUUUAUGGCAUAAGGUUUUCUUUUCCAUCCCGCUAGAAGUUGAUGUGACAUUCAGCAAAGUAUCUCAAUUUCGAUUCCGAAUUUAAUGAACGCAGUCCGAACAAACUGGUGACCUAGUGUUAGAUCAAUUAAGAAAUUAAGACAAUUUAUGGCAGAAGUGAUUAUGCCAUGUCAUGCCUUCUUUCAGUUUUAUUUUUAAUCUGAGUUGUUAUUGUGGAAAUCCGCUUACUGGAAAUAAAAUAUAUAGUGGCAACUUGUUCAACACCUCAUUGUUUCUUUUCGUUGUUCUACUUUUGUUACUCUUUAACGUGACUUAUGUUUUACGACUUUUUAUGUGUUUUAUGCGAGGGUAGGGUAGGUGGAAUAGCUAUUUGCCUCUUACAUCAUCGAGAAUGGCAGGAAAAGGCUAUCAUCUGCAUCAGCUAAAGUAAUGACUGCUGAUCCUUAGCAGAAAUUAUUACUCCAGAUUAUCCUUACGUUUCGUAGAUAAAAUUUUGUUUCCGUUCUGGGACUUAUUAUAGCCAACAGUUUUUAUUCGAGAAGGUUAAAAUUACGAUUUCCAUCGCCAAAACUAGCAAAAUCCUCUUGAGCGGCAUAGUACUUUGGCUGCACAAGAAAACAUAAUGGAUGGGUUCAGAGCUUUAAAGGUAAAAUCCAAAUUUAUGAUAUACACCAAUUGUGAGGUUUGGUGUUUGGAUAAUACCAAAUCAACUCAACGGGUGCGCAUAAUUUCUUUUAAGGUUAUUCCUCACUCAAAAAAGUUAUCGAGCUAUUUUUUUUAACUUUCUUUUAAUGUUCCCGACCAAUGUCUGUUUCAAAAAAUAAAGUCUAAAAAAUGCUUGUUUAAGACAUUUGAUGGACCAAACGUGCUCCAUUUACAGCUAUUUCAAUUUACGUUGUCGGAUCAAAGCUUCAAGGGCACGGGACAAGACCGAUUACCGACAACCUCAUCCACUUGAAACCCCAACAUUUCUUUCAUCCAAAUGGCUCGCCAUCGGAGAUCUUCGCUGUAUGGACGAGGCAUUGUUAAUUUUGCUGAUAAUUAUUCAUUAAGAUCCCAUAUUCCCCUUCGGUCUUGUCUUGUGCACGUUCAAGAGCUAAAGAUCACUGUACCUCUUUACCUGGUCCAUUGAUUGAAAACUAAACUGUGUUCUGGGGAUGCGUGCGCUUAUUCGCCUAAUCACGCGAUUUUUAUGCGUAGUGCAGGAUUCGUAGAGGUAACAACAUGAAUUCGAGGGCAAUUUGGUGUUAGUGAGCACGAUGUUAUUACUCGUCAAUAAGUUACGUGAAAGAAAGUCAGAGAGAGUCAAGACAGACGAAAAUUUGAAAGCGUACGCGCGUUAUUUGUAAUUUGUACUCAUGUUACAACUUUGCACUCGUGUUACGUGAGAAUGCUUAUUAUGAUAAAUGGGUGACAACAUGAAAAGAGGUAAAGCUCUAAUGAUAAAGAUUGUUAACUGUAGAGAAAUAGUUGUCAAAAGUAACAGGUGUUUGUUAAUUCAAAUGCAAAUCGCGCUGAUGAAUUUCCUGUCUACAAAUAUGAUUGUCAUGUAAAUGUAGUAAAGAAUUAAUUCUCUUUUUGCCGUAAUGAAUGAAUUUGGUUGAUUUCAAACAACGAAGUCUUAGGGAGUUAUUGCAUAUAUUUUAAGGUGCACAACAGGAAUGUCGUGACAGAAGCGGAAGGUAUGUCUACAUUUGGACCACAGGGAAAAGACAUCAUUCUUAACUAUAAAAUGACACCUGAAAUCCGCAAUGUUCUCAUACAGAUCUAAACGGGAUUUUGAUGUAACCUGAGAAUUGCUGAUUCUCGUGACGAGACUUUUUCUGAGUUAUAAGACCUUGAGAGAAAUGAGAGAUAAUUUACGAUGUCCAAUGACUUUGUAAAUGCGACGAAUUUAAUUUCCCAAAAGGUUUUAAAUCAUAGCUACUCAGCAGAUGGAACUGGGACAGAAAUUCAACCAAGUCGGAUCGUUCUCGUGAUCGCUUUCUACGUAAUGAUAGUGCUCUCACUGGUGGGUAACACAGUGGUAAUCAAAGCCAUCAGAAGAAUCGGAAAGAACUUACGACGACCAGUACAUUUCCUAUUUAUCAUAAACCUUUCUGUGGCCGAUCUCCUUUUUGCUUUAGAGAUGACACCCAUGAUCUGUGUUCAUCUGCUCUUGGGAGGAGCGUGGCAUAUUCGCGGUCAAUUCGGAGAGUUUCUCUGCCGAUUUGACGUGUUUUUGUCCGCAGUUUUAAUUCUUACGUCGAAUCUGACAAUUUCAGCCAUCGCUGUGGAGAUGUUUCUGGGGAUAUUUUUCCCUUUGAAGGCGCUACUGUCGAAGAAAAGGGCGUAUUUUAUUAUUGCCGCCACGUGGUUUGUAAGCGGGUGUUAUAGCAGUCCGCUGUUUUCUUUUGCGCAUCUCAAAGCACACGGCAUCGGUGACGUAAUAUGUUUCGUCGGCAUAAAUAACCAAGAGGUCGUACAAUGGUUUACAUUUCAAACAGUGUUGUUGGCGGCGGGAUUUGUGAUCACUCUGGCGUUGUAUUCAGCCAUCGGUAUCAAAGUUUGGCUCCUCAAAUCACCUGGAUUUCACUUCCACGAGGCACAGCGAAAGAGACGAGCGAGAAGAACUAAGGCUCUCAAAAUGUUGGCGAUGUUGGUAUUUGUCUUCUACGUUUCAUUCAUACCAUUUUGGAUUUUACAGUUAUCUCUUCACUUCGGCUUUUAUGACAAGCUCACCCCGCACUACAGCACCAUCUCAGCAUUCCUUAUGCUUUGUAACGGAACUGUAAACCCGGUAAUUUACGGCGCGUACAACACGGAUAUUCGGGAUCAAUUCAAAUCCAUGAUAACUUGUAAGCCACCGGCGGAACGCCCGCGAAGUCUAAUAGCAUUUCACGCCAAAGCGAUAUGGAGGAAAAAAUUUGAAGAUUCAGAAGCGAGAUCUCCAAAUCAACAGUUUCCUACGAAUAUGAGAAUUAGCAGCCAGUCGACGGAAGUGAAGACAGUUGCUGGUGAAAAAAACUUGACUUAUAGUUUUGAAGACACACGAAUGUAA